AACAGAACAACCCUCGCCCAAUCCUCCAAGAUUCUCACUCAAGACCAACACAAGAUCAUCAUCUUCUUUUAUUACACAGACCAAAGUGUCUUCUCAUUCUUGACCUUCCACAAUGAAGACCUCCGCCGUACUCCUCGCCACUGCAUCCUUGGCCUUAGCCAAGCCCAUCGCUCAGACCAUCCCUCAGUUGGACGAGGUUGAUGUUGCUGCCCUCGACGUCCUGGACGCUGACCUCCAGCUCGCCAAAGGUCUGAACGAUCCCAAUGCGGUCAAGGCUAGGGCCUUCAAGUCCAAGCGCCAGGUACCCACACUGGCCAUCGACGUUCCCGUCGUCGACACCAUUGCUCAGGACGUCGGAAUCCCCGAGAACGGUCCCGACCUCAUCGUCAGAGAUGAUGCAGCUGGCUACACUGAAUACGGCGCCUACGGCGACUACACCGACUACCCACCCGCCGAGGAUGGUUACGGCCAGUACGGUGACUACGGCAUCUACCCCCCUCAAAAGCGAGCGCCGCAGACCGACGACUCUGUUGCCGACUACGGCGACUAUGGCACCUACGGCACGUACGACAACUACCCCGUGCCCGAGGGUGGCUAUGCGCUGUACGGCGACUACGGCCAGUACCCCCGACAGGCCGGGCGUGCCGUGAGGGCGAGACGCGCUGCUGCAAAGCCCAGACAGGCUGCUAGGAAGGCGAAGCGUGAUGGCUAUGUCAGCUAUGGGCAAUACGAUGGCGCCGGAGAGAACCUGCCUUCUUACGGGCAGUAUACUGGUUACGGCACGUAUCCCCCCAUUGAGGAUAAUUAGUAGCAAUGCGACCUGAAGGAUCUAUUGGUUUGGGAAGUGUUAUUACUGGGUAAUUGCUUGCUGGGAUAAUUCAGUUUUGAUUUUCAUCGAUUGUGUCGCAAGAGGACUUAAUGAAGUGGCAAGGGAGCUUCUUUACCUAUUUACAAUUUUUCAGUUAAUGUGUUGAAGGUUUGUUCGUCUGUGCAGGAAAUUUAAGUACAUUUGCAGUAUUAGUCUAGUUUCUAUUUAUUUAGUUUCAUCUAACUUGAUCGCGUUCAGUG